UUCAGCCACUCCACACUGAGACAGAUUCCCAGCUCCUCACAGAGCUUUAAAGGAAGGCAAGCAAAGCUACAGAAGCGUGGCAAGUAAGAAGAAAAUCAUAUGAGAGGGAGGGGUCUCUGAACACCAAACACUGUCAUAUAACAAGUCAUUUCAAACAGGAGCUGCAGACGUACAGAGAAAGGAAGAGCACAAAGUGGACUAUUCGGCUUGCAAACGACUCUUCACCACAUCAGUUUAUCUCCGUACACAAUUUGAGGGGAUUGGACAAUGACAGAGGACGCAGAAGUGGAAGUCAACCUGUCUCCGACCCCUGGAUCUGAGCAACAGGCUCCACAUUUUCUACGAGAUGUUAUCUUCCAUGGCAAGUUUAAGCUCCUGAAGGCUCUAACCCCAGAGGAAAACACCCAGUGCCAGCACGGCCUCUACUUCCAGGAUGGUCAGCGGCGUGUUGACUAUGUCCUCACCUACCCUGUAAAGAAGCCAGGUGGGGGGCGCUCCUGUCGACACUCAGCGCACCUGUUGACGGAGAAUGCUGUUGCCCGCAGCCUACGCCGUGGCCCCCAGGGCCGUGACGAACGUCUUCGACAUCACCAAGCACAAAGGGGGAAAGGCUCAACAUCAGCGGUGGCCGACGUGGAGCUGGGCUGUCCUGGAGAGACCGUCAAUGGCCACGAAGAUCACAAGGCGUUCAGGAGGGAGGAAUUUGAGGGCAAACUGAGAGACAUGGGGCUGGAGCUGGAGAAAGACGAAGACGCCAAGAUCCCAGGGGUAGGCUUUGUGAAGAUUCAUGCUCCCUGGAACAUUCUCUGUCGAGAGGCUGAGCUCAUGAAGCUGAAAAUGCCCACCAAGAAGGUGUAUGAAGUCAAGCAGUCGAGCGGGGUCAUGGAAAAGAUCAGCUCUCUGGUCAGUAAAGCUCUGGAGCCUCUCCACCCUCAUGUUGAGGAACGUCAGCCCAAGAACAUCAAACAUCUGUCACAUACUUUCUCCAGGGAAAAACAACACCUGUUUGACCUCUCAGACAAAGAUUACUUCUUUGACAGCAAAACCAGGAGUUCAAUAGUUUUUGAAAUCCUUAAAAGAACAAAAUGCAAGGCCAAGUACAGCAUGGCAGGUAUCACCAGUCUUCUGGGUAGCGGUGUUUACACAGCAGCUUACCCUCUUCAUGAUGGUGAUAUUAAGGAGACUGCAGAGUCGAAUGACAGAAAGCUUCUGUAUGAGGAGUGGGCAAACUACGGUGUCUUCUACAAGUACCAGCCCAUCGGACUUGUGCGGAAGUAUUUUGGGGAGAAGAUUGGUCUGUACUUUGCCUGGCUGGGCCUGUAUACCCAGAUGCUAAUUCCUGCCUCUCUAGUGGGGGUCAUUGUCUUUCUGUAUGGAUGCGCAACAGUCGAUGAUAACAUACCAAGCAUGGAGAUCUGCCACCCAAAGAACAACAUCACCAUGUGUCCUCUGUGUGAUAGAGUGUGCAGCUACUGGAAACUCAGCACUGCCUGUGGAACAGCUCGGGCGAGCCACCUGUUUGACAACCCAGCCACUGUUUUCUUCUCUAUAUUCAUGGCUCUUUGGGCUGCCAUGUUCAUGGAGCACUGGAAGAGGAGGCAGAUGAGACUGAACUAUGAGUGGGACCUGACUGGGUUUGAAGAUGAAGAGGAAGCUCUCAAGGACCACCCCAGGGCUGAAUAUGAGUUCAGGGUGAUGCAGAAGUCCAUGUGCAAAGAUCAGAAAUCACAGCACAAGGUGGAAAAGCUCACCUUUCAAGACCGCCUUCCUGCCUACAUGACUAACAUUGUCAUGAUGCUGUUAAUGAUUGGUGUUACAUUUGCCAUUGUGUUCGGUGUGAUCCUCUACCGGAUCUCCACCAAAGCCGCUCUCCAUAUGAGCUCCAAUCCCAUCACACGGAACCAUGUCCAAUUGACAGUUAAAACCACAGCAGCCAUCAUCAACCUGGUGGUCAUCCUCAUACUGGACGAGGUGUACGGCGCUGUGGCACGAUGGCUCACUGUGUUAGAGGUUCCUAAAACAGACAAAAGUUUUGAGGAACGACUCAUCUUCAAGACCUUCAUCCUCAAGUUUUUCAAUGCCUUCACCCCCAUCAUCUACAUCGCUUUCUUCAGGGGAAGACUGGUAGGCAGACCAGGCAGCUACCUGUAUGUGUUUGAGUCCUACAGAAUGGAAGAGUGUACUCAUGGAGGCUGUCUGAUGGAGCUGUGCAUCCAGCUGAGUAUCACCAUGUUGGGAAAGCAGCUAAUUCAGAACAACCUCUUUGAGAUUGGAGUACCCAAGCUGAAGAAGCUGAUUCGCUACGUUCGGUCAAAGCAAGGUACUUUUCAAGAAGAAGAGAGACAGAAGAAGCUAAUGAGAUAUGAAACGGACCACUUUCUGGAACCAUUUGCUGGGUUAACACCUGAAUAUAUGGAAAUGAUCAUCCAGUUUGGUUUUGUUACGUUGUUUGUGGCAUCCUUCCCACUGGCUCCACUCUUUGCUCUGCUCAACAACAUCAUUGAAAUACGGCUUGAUGCUAAGAAAUUUGUGGCCGAGUUGCGAAGACCUGUGGCAGCAAGAGCCAAAGACAUUGGUAUAUGGUACAACAUACUACGAGGAGUAGCAAAAGUGGCUGUCAUCAUUAAUGCAUUUGUCAUCUCCUUCACGUCAGACUUCAUACCUCGGAUGGUCUACCAGUACAUGUACAGCCCAGAUGGCUCCAUGCAUGGAUUUGUCAACCAUACGCUGUCCUAUUUUAAUGUCAGUCACUUCCAGGACGGCAAAGAAACCAUGGAUCCUUUGCAACUUGGCUACCCCGUUGAGAUUUGCAGGUAUAAGGACUACAGAGAACCUCCUUGGUCAGCCACUCCAUAUGAGAUCUCCAAGGAAUUCUGGGCAGUGCUGGCAGUGCGACUGGCCUUUGUCAUUGUUUUCCAGAAUGUUGUGUUGCUGAUGAACGACAUUGUAGACUGGCUAAUUCCAGACAUCCCUAAGGACAUCAGCCUCCAGAUGCACAAAGAGAAGAUUCUACUGGUGGAUCUCUUCAUGAAGGAGGAGCAAGGCAAGGUCCAUAUCCUUGAGAGCAGAGUCACUACAGGAGGCAAGGAGAAAUGCAGUAGGAGCAACAACAACAAUAACUGCACAAUGGCCCACCCACGCUCAGGACUGAACAACAACAGCACCAAGAGCUUCUAAUGCUCGUACCAGUGAUUUCUUGGUUCAGUCUUAAAUCCUAAACUGUGUUUGUGUUCUUGCUCAGAACAUUCCAACAACUGGGAGAGCUGACAAGUGGGAGGAAAGUAAAAGUGGGGCCAAAUGUGUUGCAGUGUGUGUGGAGAGCAAUGGAACACUGUACAUAUUUGUAAUUGUGUAGAACAAUAUCUAAAUGUGUAGUCCGAAAUAUGAACGUGUACAGGAAUCUUUAAAUGUGUAUUUUUUUGGUGGGGAUGAAAUAUAUUAUUUUCUUAAAAACAGCAUUAGACAACAAAGCAGUAGAAAUAAUGGCAUUAUGGGACACUGUACACAUAACAUAAGGAAAAGCAAAAGAGAGAAAAACAAAAGGACAAAACCUCAAGAACUUGAAAACACACAUAUGCAUGCACCCACGCACAAAGUUGGAGGGGGGUUCACAGUAUCUCUGAGCCACUGAGGGUGAGGAGAUUUUCAAUGUAGGGAAAUAUGAUGUCUUGCUAGUAAACAUGUGAAAUUGAUCAUUUCCAUUAGCACGGAAUUUUAUCAACCUCACUAGCAGAUGGGAAUCAUUGGACAAGGCUGUCGAUGUUAAAACCAUAAUGGUAGACAUUAUAUCAUGGUAGCAUGACGUAAAACAGAACCAUCCAUCCAUUCACUAUCCUGCUCAUCCUUUAAACUGUCAAUCCCAGAUGGCAUUGGUCGAAAGGUAGGAAUACCCUCAUGGGCUGACACAUAGAGACUAAGCCAAUCAUGCUCACAUUCACACUUAAAAUUAACCUGCAUGUCUUUGGACUGUGGGAGGAAGCUACCACACCCAGAUAAACCCAAACAAGCACAGGGAGAGCACACAAACUUCACACAGGAAGUCUAAAUCCCAGAAUUUAAACUUAGAACCUUCUUACUGUGACUCGACAGUGUAAACCACUGGACCACCGUGCCAACACCUAACAGAGACACAGCUAAAAAAAAUUAUUCCCAAAUAGACCCUACAUUUUUAAAGAUGAAGCACAACAUGAUUUUUGACAUACAUUGAGGUUGAGACUGCCAGAGAUCUUACAUCUUUGGAAUAACGAUUUACGGACUUAAGAAGGUGUCACACCCCAAAUAAAAGAGUUAUUCACGUCGUGUCUGGUGUCACACCAUUAAUCAUUCUGUUUAAGAAAUCAAAGAAAAUGUGUAGUCAAGGAUGUGGGAUCGAUGGAAACAAAUAAAGAAAUUUAAAAAAAAAAAAUGAUUUCAACAACACUGAGUGUUAAGAUAGAGAGAGGCAGGCAGCCUGGACACUAAUGCUUCAGCCAAUGGAGAGUAAGCUAAGUGAAUCAACACUUGAGUUCAAUAGUUAUAUGUACCCUGGAGCUUAAUAUCUGGGAGGAAAAUAAUGCUGGUUGUUUUACUUAAACUAGAUAUAUAUCACAUCAUUUUAGUGCGCCAUGCACUAAAGGUGCACAAGACAAAAUAAUGGAAAACUCAAAAAUACUACAGUAUAUGCAGAGGGAAGAAACACUCAAAAUCUCCUAGCACUAUUGGUAAAGUUCUAUAGUAAACACAGUUUUAUGCUGGAGCUGGAAAAAAAAUAAUUUGUGAGCUCCAUUGUCACUUGACUGUCAUCUGACGUGUCUUGUGCUACACUGCUGCCAUACCUGAGCAUUAUGCUGAGGUUUUCUUUGCCCUGACUCAAAGCUCUUGGUCCCACAGUGCCAGCGUGACCUUUUUCCUGCAGUGAAACAGGGGGAGCAUCCAAAACAAUGAUACACAUGGUGCUGUGGAGCUACAAAGAUCACUGUACAAUAACUAACAGCAGAAACAGGCAUAGCCACAUUUUCACAACUUUCCAGCUUGGUAGGAGUGAUAACUUUACUUUUUUUGAGUAACUGUUUCGUCUAUCUAGAAAUGGCUAAAACAUAAUACUGUUAACAAAUCACCAUUGUUCAAGGGUUUUUUCUUACAAAAUCUACAACAUUAGGUGAAAACUUAUUUCUAUGAAUUGAAGUUAAGUAUACAUCACAGUAGAUUCCCAUGUUGUGUAUUUAUUGUUAAAAAUCAGCUAGCAGUAGGCCUAUUCCUCUUUCUUUAAGCAUAUGUGUAUGAAACAUUAGAGCCAGCAUUUUUUAUUAUGAAAAUGUGUUUUUUAGUGGCAGCAAUGUAAGGAUUGUAACCUGCACCAGAUUAAUCCUCAUUCACUGCAUGUUGUGACAUUGUCUCCUUCAUCCAGUUGUCACCCAUUUGUAAGCUCCAUAUGCUGAAGUCACUGGGGCAAUGAAAACAGCAUCUGUUGAAUACUGGGAAAAAAUACAGUAAAAGUAACUUUGCACCUGGAGCACAGUAGUUGAAACUCAUGCCAAUGUAUUACUGUAGUGAUCACUUACACUUUUCUGUGCUGUAUUCAGAGGGAUAUACAGAAAGCUGUAGUGGGAAACAACAUUAUCUUAAACAACAGGUGAGAAUGAUACUUUGCUAGCAUGUCGGUCUAUGACACAUGUUGUCCUUUCUGCUUUAUGUGAGGAAUCCAUGCUCUUUCCUCCAUUAAGGAUUAAAUGAAGUCUUUGCAUUUCUGCAGUCUGCUACCGCUACAUGCAACCAAGUUAAGUAGUAUAGGGCACGACUGACUGACACCUUUUCCUCGUGGCUUAUCAGGACUGUAUGAACUCACUGCUGAAACAGUACAGUACUAAAUUCAAUGCAGAUUGGCACCUGCCGAUAUCAGUUUUUGUAUACAGUCACUGCCUUUGACACUACCCACACAUUUUGAAUUGCAGCCAAUGAAAUCAAACCAGCUUGCAGGCUUCUGGGCUCACUUGAGUUGUGUACCAAAGCCACAGUGCUCAUUUAGCCUGUAUGUUUUGCAUGACCCUAAGUAGUUGAGUUGACAAUUAGGCCACCAUUUGAAACGGUUAGUGUUCGUAAUUAUUUUGAUCAUGUUUUUAAGGCAUCCAGAUAAUGUCUUAUUUAUUUUAUUGUCAUGAUACAGCAUACAUACAAGUUGGUAGACUUUUGUUUAUUAAUUGUAGAAUAAAAAAAUAUGCAUAAAGAUUCUUACUUCCAUUUUUGCUUCAUAUUUGGCUCCACAAAGAUGAAACCCACUAAAUAAAUGCUGGUAUUGUCACAGCAGUGCAACAGAAGUAUGAAGGGAAUUGGCACAGUGUAUUACAGUGCCUUAGCUUCAUACAAUGUCUCAUUAUUAGAAGAAUUACUUCAUUAGUUAGUUUUGUAAUACAUGCAUUAUCAAGCUUUAAACUGUAUCUUUGUAGUAGCUCUCAAUUCUGGGAAGUAUAUGGUUUGCCUGCAUCUGUAACUAGGUAUUUAUGACUUUGAAAACUAUUUUGAAUUGUAAUUGCUGUGAUGCCGCUUGUAAUACAUCAUCUUGUACUGUGAUAAAGCUAUGACCCUGUCUCUCCUGCUUAAAGUAAUAAUGGAGUUUCCAUGUUAACUCUGAAUAAAUAUAGUAUUUGUAUUGCAUCUUUA